AUGAAGGUCCUCUUUUUGCACCCGGACCUUGGAAUUGGAGGUGCCGAACGUCUUAUUAUUGAUGCGGCAAUUGCAUUGAAAAAUAAACACCACGAUGUAAAAAUAGUGACAGCACAAUAUGACGAGUCGCAUGCGUUCAGCGAAACAAAGGAAUUAGAUGUCAGAGUUAUAAAACUCUUUCCGAGACACAUAUUGGGCAGAUUUUUUGCUCUUUGUGCGUACAUUCGAAUGAUUUUUGCUGCCAUUGCGAUUUGCCUAAAGAUGGAUUUUGAUGUCGUUGUUUGCGACCAAGUUUCUGCGUGUUUGCUGGUUUUCAAGCUGUUUUCAAGCGCCAGGAGGAUAUUUUAUUGUCAUUAUCCGGAUAUGCUUCUCACCGAAAGGAAAACGUAUUUGAAAUCUAUGUAUAGAUUUUUACUAGAUUCUUUCGAGGAGUGGACGACAGGGAUGGCUGAUAUAAUUUGUGUGAACAGUCAGUACACUGCCGGAGUUGUUCGUAGCACUUUUAAAUCUUUGAAAGAUCAUAAAUUAGAGGUCGUGUAUCCAUCACUCAACAUGAAAUAUUUUGACGAGAUUGAAACACGAACGGUUGAAGAAAUUCCUGAAGAUGCGAAGUUUGUAUUCAUGUCAUUAAAUCGAUACGAAGUCAAGAAAAAUGUCGCUUUGGCAGUUAAAGCCUACGCACAUCUUCGUCACAUUUUAUCUGCUACGGAAUUUGAUCAUACAUGUCUGGUUAUUGCCGGAGGAUAUGACAAGCUUAAUCAAGAAAACGUGACUUAUUAUCGUGAAUUGGUUGACCUUGCGUUGGCUAACGAUAUUCCAUCGCGACAUAUUGUAUUUCUCAAGUCUCCAUCUGAUCGAGAAAAGGCAUAUUUACUGAAACGUGCAACAGCCGUUCUUUAUACUCCGCACAAUGAGCAUUUUGGUAUUGUGCCCAUUGAGUCUAUGUACCUUGGCAAACCCGUAAUAGCUGUGAAUUCUGGAGGACCAAUGGAAACGAUUGACGACGGGAAAACUGGGUUCCUUUUGGAGCAGGCACCACAACAGUUUGCAGAAGCAAUGAAAACAAUACUACAACGAGAGGAUUUAAGAUUGUUGGCUGCCAAAGAGGGUCCAAAACGGGUGCAACGAUUAUUUGCUUUUGAGGCCUUUGCGACGCAAUUUGAUCGAAUUAUUCGCGGAUUGCCGAUGUCGAAAGCCUUCAUUGGAAAGCCUGCCCCCGAGUUUGAUGCUCAGGCAGUCGUGGAUGGCGACUUCAAGCAAGUCAAGCUCUCAGACUACAAGGGUCACUACGUAGUUCUCUUCUUCUAUCCUUUGGAUUUCACUUUUGUUUGCCCAACUGAGAUCAUUGCCUUUUCUGAUCGUUUUGAAGAGUUCAAGAAGCUUGGUGUCACUGUGUUGGCCUGCUCGACCGAUUCAGUCUUCAGCCAUCUUGCUUGGAUUCAAACCCCAAGAAAGCAUGGAGGUCUUGGUGACAUGAACAUCCCCGUGAUUGCUGACACCAACCAUCAAAUCUCGAAGGACUACGGUGUCUUGAAGGAGGAUGAGGGAAUUGCUUUCCGAGGACUUUUCAUUAUUGAUCCCAAGGGAAUUUUGCGCCAAAUUACCAUCAAUGACUUGCCUGUCGGACGAUCUGUUGAUGAAACUCUUCGAUUGGUUCAAGCCUUCCAAUUUGUUGACAAGCACGGAGAGGUCUGCCCAGCCGGUUGGACUCCUGGCAAAGACACGAUCAAGCCAAACGUUAAAGGAAGCAAAGAAUUCUUCGAGAAACAC